AUGCGAAAUUUUUUGGGUGAUAUUGUAAUUUGCAUAUUGCUACUACUUUCAGUGAGUCUUAUAUUUGGAGCUAGCGAAAUUAUUAAAUCUUUUAUGAAUAAUGGAGAAAAUUUUGUGAAAAUUUCCUCAUAUAAUUGGAUUAUUAAAUUGUGCUUAAAUUUACUGAGUUAUGCUACUGUAUUAUUGCCAGGUUGUCUCAUAUAUAAGUAUGUACGUUAUACCAAAUAUAUUCAAAGGGGAGGUAAAGGAUGUAUACCCAAGCUAGUACAUUCAUGUUUUGUGGGACAUUGUGAAACAGGGCUAUUGGAUUCAUCUUAUUCAUCCACACCAUCAAAUCAUACCCAACGUACUUUCACACAAGAUGCUUUGUUACUCUUGUAUUGUUUCUUUGGAUUACAAAUUAGUUAUUUAACAUGGGGUUACUUACAAGAGAAAAUAAUGACUCAGGAAUAUGAAGAUGUUGCUGGCAAUAAAGAUCGCUUUCAAGAUUCACAAUUUUUAGUAUUUGUAAAUCGAAUCCUUGCAUUUUUAAUGUCAGGAUUAUAUUUAAUAAUUCAAAGACAACCACAGCAUAAAGCACCUCUCUACAAAUAUGCAUUUUGUUCUCUAUCAAAUAUUAUGAGCAGUUGGUGUCAAUAUGAAGCUUUAAAAUAUGUCAGUUUUCCAACACAGGUAUUGGCAAAAGCUUCAAAAAUAAUUCCUGUAAUGAUUAUGGGAAAAAUUGUUUCACAUACUACAUAUGAAUAUUAUGAAUAUGUUACAGCUAUACUUAUUUCCAUUGGAAUGACAUUGUUUAUGUUAGAUAGUUCAGAUUAUAAAAACGAUGGAGCUACUACUGUGUCCGGUAUUAUUCUCUUAGGAGGUUAUUUAUUACUAGACAGUUUUACAAGUACCUGGCAAAGUGCAUUAUUUGUGGAGUAUGGUGCAACAAGUGUGCAAAUGAUGUGUAUAGUCAAUAUGUUUUCUUGUUUAUUAACUGCAAUGUCUUUAUUUCAACAAUCAAGUUUUCCACUUAUAUUUUCCUUUAUGACAAAGUAUCCUAGAUUUAUUGUGGAUUGCUCACUUAUAUCAAUUUGUUCUGCAAGUGGUCAAUUGUAUAUUUUUUACACAAUAUCUAAAUUUGGACCAGUAACAUUUGUCAUUAUGAUGACUAUACGACAAGGUUUGGCUAUUUUAUUAUCCUGUCUGGUAUAUCAUCAUCAUGUAACAAUUAUCGGCAUUAUUGGAAUUUUACUAGUAUUUGGUUCGGUAUUUUUACGAAUAUAUUGUAACAAUCGAUUACGUGCAAUCAGAAGACGUAGAGCUGCGGCAAAUAGUAUAAAAGAUUAAUUUUAACAAAAGUUUAAGUUUAAAA